UCUCUGCCCUAAGCAAGAGCUCACGAACGCAGUCGUUUUUGUUUUGCUCAGAAACCAGCCUCUUCUUCGCCACUCUCCAGUCUUCACGAGAGUUUGAGAGAUGGGGAAAGCGGAGAGAGAGAAAUUGAACGGAGUUUUGAAUGAGCAUCUCAACACCAUCCACGAAACUCUUCAGGUAUUGGAUCAAAACGCAGCUUCUUCUCUAGAAAGGAUCAGCUGGAAUGAUGUUAUUCAAAUGGGCGAGCAGCUAUCCAAGCAAGCCACCAACGUUGGAAUGCUUUGGACUGGAGAAACUCCUGAACUUAAAGCACUUGAGGAGAACAUGUCUGCAUAUUUUAGUACACUACAGGGGCUACUUUUGCUCUCGCAUGGUAGUACAGUCGGAGCUGGACCUACCCUUUCUGCUUGCAUUCACGCAUCCAUAAAGCAAGUUAUUGAUAGCAGUUUCAUCUUGAUGAAAGAUACAGUCGCCACAUACGGAUCUCGCAAUAAAACUCAAAAACUUUCAAUUCCGCAGUUAGUUGGCGCGGUCUGGGAAGCUUGUUCUGCUCUUAAGAAGACACCAGGCACAAAUAUCACAGCAAUAGGUCGAGCAAUGACACAGACUGCUGUUUCAAUGAAGGAUGUUCUUCGUGAAAUGAAGGAACUCAAGCCAGAAUCUUCUGAAUUGGGGGACGAAGAUUCUAUAGAAGCGGAAAGCAAACCUGACGAUAUUGAUGAUUUGUUUGAAGGCGAUCUAGGCAAUGACCUGUCGCCUGAAGAAAUGAAAAUCGCUCAACUGUCUACUGAUGUGGUGUCUGAAACACUCGUAGUUGUGAAGGAACUAAUCCGCUCCAUCACAGGAUUACUCAAGCAGGAAAGCACCGAAAAUUCCGCUGCUUUUGUAGAUUCUCUAGAGAGGCUAUUGAAGUUCUGUCAAGGAAUUGGAUUGCAGAUUGAUGAACUCGGGGCUUCCCUUUACCCCCCACAAGAAAUUUCCUCGAUAAGGAAGGCUAUGGAAGUUAUCUCGACCACCAUAGACGAAAUGACGUCGGAGUUGGAAAACCUCAAGGGCUCCACAGAAGGUUACCUUAAAGCGUGCACUGGUUUGAGAACUUCAUUGAAACAUCUCGGAUCUGAAUUAGGUUCUGCAGAUUCAAUCACACAGAAUAUGGAAAACCUUGCUGUGACUACAGAAUAAUUAGGGCAAAUGCAAACCAGAGGUUUUGAGUGCAACAUUAAGAAUUUUGGUUCUCUUCUAUAGCUUUGUGUAUUGAGUUUAAAAUUGGCAGCAUCCCUAUGAGCAUAGAUAGUCUGUUUGCAAUUGAUACAGUUCAGUUGUGACAAAUGUGAUUUUGCAGUUUAUGUUACUAGCUUUGUAAUGAUCAUAGUAUAAGUUCCAUUCCUUGAUCUUUAACAUUUUCAUAGUAUAAUUUGAGGUAAGCACAAA